GUGAGAUUGCAGAUUGUGGCACGAGCUAGUGCAGUUAGUUAACUUUAACCAAACCCACCCUAACUGGUCUCCUGCGGGCCAUCCCUGACCCUGCUCUUCUUCUUAAUAUCACGGCUCCAGCGCCGACUGGAUGCGGCUCAACCAAUACCUGGUCCUGGACAUUCACCUCCACCCCACCCAGCCCUACUGAACGAGACUGUUGCCAACAUGGCGUCGUCGCCCCUCGUGGCACCCGCCUCCGACGUCCUCCAACUGUCGCGUCCGGCCGGGUCGCCGCUCAAGCGACAAGCCUCGGCCUCGGCCUCGGCCGUGCCGUCGUCCAGCAGCGGCCGUGGCACCCCCGGCCUCCUCAGCGCGCGCGCCGCCGCCGUGGCCCCUUCGGAACCGCAGUCGCUCUCCAUGACGCUCGACCCGAUCGAGCAGCUCAACGAGGACGAGAAGCGCAAGUACGUCAAGGGAAAGAAGCUCGGCGAGGGCACCUACGCCAACGUCUACCUCGGCCACGUGCGCGGCGACCCGUCCGCCCUGGUGGCCAUCAAGAAGAUCAAGGUGCAGCAGCAGUACCGCGACGGCAUGGCGCCCGACGCCGUGCGCGAGCUCAAGUACCUGCGCGAGCUGCACCAUCCCAACAUCAUCUCGCUGCUGUCCGUCUUCAGCUCCAAGGACCAGAACCUCAACCUGGUGCUCGAGUACCUGCCGCUGGGCGACCUCGAGAUGCUGAUCCGCGACGUCGACCGCGUGCGCUACGGCGCCGCCGACAUCAAGGCCUGGAUGGGCAUGCUGGCCCGCGCCGUCUGGUUCUGCCACGACAACUUCGUGCUGCACCGCGACAUCAAGCCCAACAACCUGCUGAUCGCCGCCGACGGCGAGGUCAAGCUGGCCGACUUCGGCCUCGCCCGCUCCUUCGCCGACCCGGGCCGCCGCAUGACCGCCAACGUCAUCACCCGCUGGUACCGCCCGCCCGAGCUGCUCUUCGGCGCCCGCCACUACGGCGGCGCCGUCGACAUCUGGUCCGUCGGCAUGGUCUUCGCCGAGCUCAUCAUCCGCGCCCCCUUCCUGGCCGGCAACACCGAGGUCGAGCAGAUCGCCCUGAUCUGCAAGCACAUCGGCACCCCGACCGAGGACAACUGGCCCGGCGUGACCCAGCUGCGCGAGUACACCGUCCCGUCCGAGGUCGUGCCCGUCUGGGGCAAGGACGCCUACAUGGGCCGCUUCGGCGCCGUCGGCCCGGACGGCGUCGACCUGCUCGUCCGCACCGUCGCCCUCGACCCCAAGAAGCGCAUCACCGCCCGCGAGAUGCUCGAGCACCGCUGGUGGCGCACCGACCCCAAGCCCACCCGCAAGGAGGACCUGCCCCGCAAGUCCGGCGGCGGCGCCGAGGAGAAGAUGGGCGCCGACCUGAAGCGUCGCAACGGCUUGCUCGAGGACGAGAACAACAGCUACCCGCGAGGCGCAAAGGUGGCCCGCAAGCUGGACUUUGGCCAGGCCAAGUAGGGAGGCCAACUUAAGACCGUUUUGAUUUGGAACGACCUUCCUGCUGCGCUCUGUGUGUGCUAUUAUGGGAGGGUUGGUUAUGUGGAACAAAAAACAUUCAUCAUCGAUCGGCGUUCUGGGAGGGCGGGAUCUUUGGGGCUUGCGGUUGGGGAAUACAGGACAUCAAA